AACCAGUCAACAGUGAGGCGGGAACCUUCCAGUCAGGGCGACUGCUCUUUCGGAAGUGAAGUGAGAAUAACUCACUGAUCUGUCAAGAGAGUUCGGUGGACGUUCUAUCAAACAGUCGUCACCCCCUCAGCAGACAGCAGAAGGUCUGCUUUGCUUCAGCUGGUGACGGGGGGGAGGAAUGGCUGCUGGGGAACCAGGAGGCUGGCCGGCCUUUGAGAAGGACCCCCUUGAACUCACUGUUGACGAUGUCUACAAAAUCUCCUACGAUGUUGGUUGCCAGUUCAGGGAGGUGAACGCCUCGCGAAGUUCAAGGGCUGUUUCUGAGUUGCGUUUCAAGAUACUGAGAGUUUUAGAAAUGUUAGAAGCUCUCGUCAGUAAAGGGCCGGUGACUCUAGAGGAACUGGAAUUCGAGCGGGACUACCUGAAGGAAGAAGCAGAGAGACUCGUCAGAGCAAUACAGGACAGAGCGAUAGACACAGAGCAAGAGAACGGUGGAGCUGCCAAGAGCAUCACAAGUGUAGAGGACCCGAAUAGCCCGCGGUUCACCUUCCAAGAACUGCGCGACGUGCUGGAGGAACGCAACAACCUUAAAGCUCGGCUUCUGACUACCCGAGCGGCCAUCCAGGGUUAUAAAAGUGGAAUUCCCAUUCAGCACGAGGUGGAAGCUGAAGACAGACCAGGUCCGUGAGCUUGAAGUGGAUAAGCUACGUCCAUAGAGUCAUACAGCACGGGAACAGGCCCUUUGGCCCAUCGUCUGUGCUCUAGCCACCGUGCAUACUUUUACACUAAUGCCAUUGUCCAACACACCAUCUGGCACUUCAUCUAAGUGAUGUGAGGGUAAAUCCCUCUGUCACUCCCUCAAGCAGUGAGUUCCUGGUUUCAAUCAUCUUCUGCAGGGAAAAAAAAUCCUUAAAUCAGAAUAGGUUUAAUAUCACUAGCUUAAGUCGUGGAAUAUGUUAUCAUGCAGCAGCAGUACAUUGCAACAUAUAGUAAUAAAAUUGUGAAUUACAGUAAGUGUAUAUAUAUCUUUAAAAAGUUAAAUAAGUCAUACAAAAAGAGAAAUGAAAUGUAGUGAGGCAAUGUGCAUGGGUUCAAUGUCCAUUCAGAAAUCUGUUGGCAGAGGUGAAGAAGCUGUUCCUGAAUUGCUGAGUGUGUGCCUUCAGGCUUCUGUACCUCCUUCCUGAUGGUAGCAAUGAGAAAAGGGCAUAACCUGGGAGAUGUGGGACCUUAAUGAUAAAUUAGACAUGAUGGAAAUGCCAGAGAAGAUUCGAUGGGGCAAAUGGCCUAAUUUUGCUCCUAUGUCUAUGGGUCAAAGGGUCUGUUUCCAUGCUGUAAGACUAUGAUUCUUAAUGUGGAGGAUCUCCAGGGCAACUUCAAUAAGUAAAAGACACAGUGGAAAGAAGUUCUGUGAAUCAGCCCAUCAUCUCCCCCACAAAUGGGAGAGUUGCCUUUAUCUGGGAAAUCAUUUAAUUUGCAUUUAACGUGUGAGGGUGUCACUUGUUUAAGAUGAGUUGGCAUAAAAUCAUUGUAUAAAUGUAGUAGGUGUGAAUUAAUUUCAACAAUUACUAAUAUAUAUUCAAAAAAAAUGCUUAAUGUCUUGAAAAUGGCUUGUAUAAAAUAAAAAAAUGA